ACCCCAAGUUUUUACAGAAAAGACUUGCGAUCUGAUAAACCACACUUCACCUUUCCAGGAAACUACGAUCACUCUUUCUACUCCAGACAAGUCUCGUCUCGUCUCGUCAUUUUCCCAGCUGAGAUCUGCGAAGUCAAAGUAAUGGCGGAAGAGAAGGAUGCCACCUCAGUCCCGCUCAGUCAAGCCGUCGCCGACGAUCCCGAAGACCCACUCAAAUCUUCUCCGCCUUCAUCCAAUUCUUCUACCCGCAAGGCUUGUUGUUACUUUCUUCAAAGCUGGGUCUCAAAGAAGUUCAUGACUGGAUGUGUAGUACUCUUUCCUGUUGCGGUUACAUUUUUCGUGACGUGGUGGUUCAUUCAGUUUGUUGAUGGUUUUUUCAGUCCACUAUACGAACAACUUGGUUUUGACAUAUUUGGACUGGGAUUCGUGACGUCUCUACUUUUUGUAUUCUUAGUUGGUGUAUUUGUUUCAUCAUGGCUGGGUGCUACUGUUUUCUGGGUUGGGGAAUGGCUUAUAAAGCGAAUGCCAUUUGUUAAGCACAUAUAUUCAGCUUCCAAGCAAAUCAGUUCUGCAAUAUCUCCAGAUCAAAAUACAACAGCUUUUAAAGAAGUGGCAAUCAUUCGUCAUCCACGUGUGGGUGAAUAUGCAUUUGGUUUCAUAACAUCUUCAGUCAUCCUUCAGAAAGACGAUGGUGAUGAAGAAUUGUGCAGUGUGUUUGUCCCAACUAACCAUCUGUACAUUGGUGAUAUACUCCUAGUUAGCUCCAAGGACGUCAUAAGGCCAAAUUUGUCCAUCCGUGAAGGCAUAGAAAUCAUUGUUUCUGGUGGUAUGACAAUGCCGCAAGUGAUUUCUCCAGUGGAAAGGAUUGCUCGACCUAAUGAAAGAAUCCCACUUAACAGAAUAAUGUGAUUGUUGAGUGUGUGUUUGGGACGAUAUUAUGAGGUGUAUACUUGUUGACUAUGUAAGAGAUGCAAGUUUGAGAAAGAAAGGAGAGAUUUUCAUAUUGUAAUUAGUAAUGAUGUUUGGCAGCUUCCUAGGAUUAUUAUUUGUCAUCCAUUCCUGUCAAUGUUUACACUUUACACUAUUCAAGUCUCAAUUUAUUCUCUGGCAAA